AUGGCUUCUUCCCCUCUGCUUGUGUGCGUCCUCCUUCUAUGCAGCUGCUGUUUGAUUGCACUUGGAGGCAAUGAGCGCGGCUUUGUUGUGGUGCCAACAAGCACCUCUUCGCCAUCGAAUCCUGCAGCGUGCUCACCUGCACCACAAGGUAUGCAAUGCAAUGCUACUGAUGAAUACGAAUCAAAGUUUCAGACUAACUCUGAAGUGCUAUCCGUGUCAGUGACUUCUGAUCCCAACCGUGCGUCCAUGCCGCUGGCGCACCGGCACGGACCGUGCGCUCCGGCAUCGGUGGCGGCCACGAACAGGCCGUCCCGGGCCGAGAUGCUUCGCAGGGACCGCGCUCGCAGGAUCCAUAUCUUGCGCAAGGCAUCAGGGCGCAGGAUCACGCUGUCCGACGUGGGCGUGAGCAUCCCGACGUCCCUGGGCGCCGCCGUGGACUCGCUGCAGUACGUCGUCACGCUGGGCUUCGGAACGCCGGCCGUGUCGCAGGUCCUCCUCAUCGACACCGGCAGCGACCUGUCGUGGGUGCAGUGCCAGCCCUGCAACUCCUCCACGUGCUACCCGCAGAAGGACCCCCUGUUCGACCCGAGCGCGUCGUCCUCGUACGCGCCCAUCCCGUGCGACUCCAAAGCGUGCAGGGACCUCGACCCCGACACCUACGCCAAUGGCUGCACCAACUCCAGUGGCACCUCCCUGUGCCAGUACGGGAUCCAGUACGCCAACGAGGACAUCACAGUGGGGGUGUACAGCACGGAGACGCUGACGCUGAGCCCACAGGUUUCGGUCAAGAACUUCAGCUUCGGCUGCGGCUUGGUCCAGCGUGGCACGUUCGACCUGUUCGACGGCCUCCUCGGGCUCGGCGGCGCGCCAGAGUCGCUCGUCUCGCAGACGGCGGAGACGUACGGCGGCUCCUUCUCGUACUGCCUCCCGGCGGGCAACAGCACCACCGGGUUCCUCGCGCUCGGCGCGCCCAGCAACAACACGGCAGGGUUCCUGUUCACGCCGCUGCACAGCGUGCCGAAGGAGCCGACGUUUUACUUGGUCAAUCUCACCGGCAUCAGCGUCGGAGGGACGCAGCUCGACAUACAGCCGACCGUGUUCUCCGGAGGCAUGAUCAUAGACUCCGGCACGGUCGUCACGGUGCUCCCGGAGACGGCCUACUCGGCGCUGCGGACGGCCUUCCGGAGCGCCAUGUCCGCGUACCCGCUCUUGCCACCGAACAACGACGAGGAUCUCGACACGUGCUACAACUUCACCGGCAACAGCAACGUGACGGUGCCGACCGUUGCCCUCACGUACGACGGCGGUGUCACGAUCGACCUCGACGUGCCUUCGGGGGUUCUGCUCGACGGCUGCCUCGCGUUCGUCCCAGGGCCCCCGGAUGGCCAUACCGGAAUCAUUGGCAAUGUCAACCAGCGCACGUUCGAGGUGCUGUACGAUUCUGGCCGCGGACACGUCGGAUUCCGGCCAGGCGCUUGCUGA